UGCCAACCCGUUGUUAUUUCCUAAUGUUGUUUUGAUAGUAAAUCGUUUUUAAUAAGGUAAUGGCAAACUUAUUGAAUCGAUACAGUCUCACCGGCUUCCACAGGUUAAUAAUUGAGAGAUGUUUACAAGGAAGACAAAACGUAUCAACAAAACCAAUAGGAACGGAAAUGUUCACGGAAUCGCCAGUAUUCGUUGAUAAGGAUGACCAUAUUACUUUAAUUGGUUUAAAUCGCCCAGCACAUCGCAACUCAAUAAAUGUUGAGACCGCACAGAAGUUAAGUGAGGCAUUGGCUGAUUUCGAAAGAGAUAAAACUUCACCCGUAGCUGUACUUUAUGGUAUAGGUGGCUCAUUUUGUGCUGGACAGGAUCUGACAACAUUGGAAAGCAAUAAUAAAGAAAAUUUUAGCGCACUUUCAACUUCUAAGACAAUACAUAGACAUUCUCAAAAACCUAUUGUUUGUGGCAUCAAUGGUUAUUGUGUUGGAGAUGGUUUAGAUUUGGCGAUGUUUUGUGAUCUUCGUGUUAUGGAAGACACCGCAGUUCUAGGAUUUUUUGGACGGUACACUGGAUAUAACGUAAGUUGCGGAGGGAUAGCAAGGUUACCAGCAACGAUUGGGUACUCGCGUACAUUAGAUUUAUUACUAACAGGCAGACGUGUUUGUGGACGAGAAGCACUACAAAUGGGUUUAAUAAAUCGUUUGGUAGCAACAGGUACAGCUCUUGGACAGGCGGUUAAUUUGGCCUUCUCCGUUGCGAAGUUUCCUUUAGAAGCAUUACAAAAAGAUCGCCAAGCUUUGUACAAAAACUGUUAUGAACGCAGAAAUGGACUGAGUGCGGCAAUAGCGGAAGAAACUAAAUCGGUUAAUAAUAAAAUUUUGCUUAAAAUAAAAGAGGGAAUAACCAGAUUUAAAGAUGCAAAGAGUAGAGGGCAAAAAACAGAUUCCUGGCAAGUAAAACCGAAAGUUAUACCAGCAUGGGAACAAGAAGAAAUUCUCCACGAACAAACAUUUGCUUCCAACGUGAAUAUUACAAAUAAAACAUGCUAAUCGAUAGAUAUCGACAAAUCGUUUUACUUUUUAGUAUCGAAAAUAGUUAUCGGAAAAUAUAGAAAAAAUGCUUAGAAGAACAAA